AUGCUAUGGAUACUAUACUUUGCAUCUUGCUGGUGUGAAGAUGUCCCUGAUGUGUGCACAACAUCUGGAAUGAUAGCAAUAAACUUUGUGGAUGGCCCGGUGAGAGGUGUAACUGACAGGGUCCUCAAUACCUUAGAUGAGCUUGGAGUAAAAGCUACCUUUUCGUUCACAGUGAACCAGAAGGCUGUUGGGAAUGUAGGGCAAUUAUACCGAAGGGCUGUUAAUGAGGGUCAUACUGUGGGGUUGAGGAUAGAUCCAAGGAUGGAUGAUGGGUGCCAGAACCUUUCUAGGGAUGCCCUUGAGGAGAAUGUCGAUAGGGAAAUAGAUACAAUAGAUGGGCUCAGUGGCACAGAAGUAAGAUAUGCAUCCGUACCCAUAAACAAUGGGGAAGUAAACUCUGAAAUGUACAGCAUCCUUACUGAAAGAGGUGUUCUCCCUCUAGGAUACACCUUCUGUCCAUAUGAUUAUGAUAGUCCCAUAGAAGAAUUUGAGUGUAUGAUAGAAGGAUCGGAUCCAAAGCAUCACUCAUUCAUUAUUUUGAUGCACGAUGGACAGGAGGGAGAUACCACACGCCUUGAAAGAAUGGUAAAAAUAGGGGAGGACAAGGGAUAUAGGUUUGUCAACAUGGAUGAAUGCCUUAAGGGCUACAAGGGAGCACCUGGUGAACCAGAAAUUGCCUUGAGAGGAAAGAGUGCUCAGAACAUUGCAACAUUUUUGCCUUUUUUCAUGCUAUUGGCUCGACUUCUCUAA